AUGCCGAUGAUCAUGUCCUACCACGCCUGCUGCCUUUCCGUCUCCACGUUGCGCUUCCGUUCCGUGGAGAUCGAGACCACCGUCACCCGCGACGCAGCGGUCGCGGACGCGUGGGUGCGCGGCCUCCGCGCCUCCCACCCGCGCGUCGCCCCCUUCAUCGUCGGUCUCGACUGCAAGUGGAACAAGCAGCCGACGAGGAGCCCCGCGUGGAUGGCGCCCAAAUCGGCCGUCCUCCAGCUCUGCGCCGGCGGCGGCGCCACCGGCUGCCUCGUCCUCCAGCUUCUCUACCUCCGCCACGUCCCGGAGAUUCUCAGGGAGUUCCUCCGUGACCCCCGGGUACAGCUCGUCGGAGUCGGCGUCGUGGAGGCCGCCGCGAGGCUGGCCGCCGACCACGGGCUCGUGUGCGCGGCGCCCGUGGAGCUAGCGGGCCCCUGCGACGCGUACCUGGGCCUCGUGGGCAGGGACAAGCUGACCAUAACAUGGAGAAGCCCGAUAGCGUGGGCAUGA